CUCAAAUCAUCUCAAUCUCAAUUAAAUCUUCAAAUCGAAAAGUUUCCGAAGAAAAAUUCAGGUUCCUUUAGAAAAUGUCAGGUCGUGGAAAGGGAGGCAAAGGUUUGGGCAAAGGUGGAGCCAAACGUCAUAGGAAGGUUCUGAGAGACAACAUCCAAGGAAUCACUAAACCGGCGAUUCGGAGAUUGGCUCGUAGAGGUGGUGUUAAACGUAUUAGUGGUUUGAUCUACGAGGAGACACGUGGCGUUCUCAAGAUCUUUUUGGAAAAUGUUAUCCGUGACGCCGUUACUUACACUGAGCACGCUCGGAGGAAGACGGUGACUGCUAUGGAUGUUGUUUAUGCUCUUAAGAGACAAGGAAGAACUCUCUAUGGAUUCGGUGGUUGAGGAUUUUAGUGUUUUAGAGUGUUGUCUAGGAUUUGCUUUAGUGAUUUCAUUUUGGAAUUUCAGAUCGAUUUGUAUUCGCGUUUGCGUUGUAAUGUUGUUCCGGAUAAAUAUUCACGGUUGCGUUUUGAUAUACUGGCUUGCGUUUGCGUGAACGAACAUAAUAUUUUAAACCGGAAAAACGCUUUGCAAUCCAUAUUGUUAAGAGAGAAACGACAUGAGGUUUGUUCAUAAUAGCGGAGAGAUUUGUUGAUUAUGUGG